UCUUGUCCACGUUAACACGCACUGACGCAGUGCCGUCAGGGGCGCCGAGCAGCCACCGCCGGGGUCACCGUGUCCUCUCUCCCCGUGCUUCAAUGGCCCGCCGCCGCGUGCUCCUCUUCCUGAAGCCCUUCGACGUCUACCCUCCACGGCCGCUCGCCAGCGCCUCUUCCCCAACCACCCCGCCCCCGCCUCCGCCGCCACGCGCCGCCAACCCCAAGGUCUUAAGUUAUCUGGACGAUAGGUGCAGAGUUCACAAGAACACAAUCAAUCUCUGUAAGAGUAUACUACAGCGCAAGCCUCUUGAAUGGAUCUCAGUGCAGCGAAAUCAUUUGUCAAAACCAAUACAUGAUGUGGAUCUUGUGAUUACUGUUGGUGGUGAUGGCACACUUUUACGUGCUAGCCAUUUUUUGGAUGGCUCGAUUCCCAUUCUAGGAGUUAAUUCAGAUCCUACUUGUUCUGACGAGGUUGAGGAGUUAACGGACGAUUUUGAUGCAAGAAGAAGCACAGGAUAUCUUUGUGCAGCUACUGCCAGGAACUUUGAGCAGAUACUUGAUGCAACCCUUGCUGGUAGUAUACACCAUUCAGAGCUCUCAAGGAUAUCAGUGAAACUAAAUGGGUUUCAGCUACCAACUUAUGCUCUGAAUGAUAUAUUGGUGGCACACCCCUGUCCGGCAAGUGUGUCACGCUUCUCAUUAAGAAAAAGAAGCAGCACGGGGGAGACCUCGCAUUUAAUUAAUUCUAGGUCAAGCGGUCUCAGGGUCUCAACAGCUACUGGAUCAACUGCUGCCAUGCUAUCAGCAGGAGGAUUCAUGAUGCCGAUAUCAAGUCGUGAGCUUCAGUACAUGAUAAGGGAGCCCAUUUCACCGACGGAUGCCGACAAACCUCUGCUGCAUGGGUUAGUUAAGCAAGAGCAAGACAUGCUUAUUGUUUGGUACAAUCAAGAGGGUGCUGCAUAUAUCGAUGGUUCACAUGUAAUGUAUUCAAUCCAGCAUGGGGACACACUUGAGAUCUCCUCAGAUGCUCCAACCUUAAAAGUUAUUUUGCCAGAAUAUCUUUUAAAGCAGUCAUCUUUAUAAUGAAAUAACAAUAUCGGUGGUGUGGUGUGAUGCAUAACUGCUUAUUGAUCUGGUAUGAUGUUUGAGGUGAAGUGAGUUUUGUGUACUUUAAGAUAAUAUAAUACAUUCAUGUAACGAUGUAGAGUUAAUUUUGUGCUAUCAAAUGAAAUAGUAGAUGAUGAUUUUGUAAGUUACCCUUUUGGAAACAAAAUCAAAAGCAAGGACAGAACCUCGAGAGUUCA